AUGCACCGCUGGAAAGGCCUGGCUUAUCGGACCUCACCCCAGGCGGGCUCGAUAAGGGAACAAGACAAAGAUGCGACCAUCUACAUCGGUAACAUCGACGAGCGCGCGAGCCCGGCCAUGGUGUACGAGAUCAUGCUGCAGAUGGGCCCCAUCCACAAUAUUCACAUGCCCCGCGACCGCGUCACCCAGAACCACCAGGGCUUCGGCUUCGUUGAGUUCCGCACGCCGGGCGACGCCGAGUACGCCGCCAACGUGAUGAACGGCAUCAAGCUCUACGGCAAGUCGCUACGCGUCAACAAGGCCAGCGCCGACAAGCAGAAGCAGGCCGAGGUCGGUGCCGAGUUGUUCGUCGGAAACCUCGACCCCAUGGUCGACGAAAAGAUCCUUUACGACACCUUUUCGCGCUUCGGUCCCCUCGUCAACCUGCCCAAGGUCGCGAGGGAAGACAGCGGCAACUCCAAGGGUUUCGGCUUCAUCUCCUACGCCGACUUUGAGAGCUCCGACGCCGCCAUCUCGAACCUGCACGGGCAGUACAUCCUCAGCAAGGAGGUUUCGGUCCAGUACGCCUUCAAGAAGGACGGCAAGGGCGAGCGCCACGGCGACGCCGCGGAGCGUGAGCUGGCUGCUCAGGCCAAGAAGAGGAACAUCGUUCCGGAGAUUCAGGCGGUACCACCCGCGUUCCUGAACGCACCGCCCCCCGGCCCCGUUCCGACUGCCCCCGCCGGCUUCGAUCCCGCAAACGGCCUUCCCGUUCCGGCCCCCAGCCCCGGCCCCCCUGCCGGCUUCGCGCCCCCGCCACGAGGACCUGCGCAGUACAACGCCGUGCCACCGCCUCAGAAUAUGGGCGGCCCCGGUGUCGGCCGAGGCAUGGUGCUCCCGCCCGCGCCGUCAGGCCUGCCGGCCCGCCCACCUCAGUCUCAGGGAGGCUACACCAACCCCGCCGAUUUCCACCCGGGCGCCCCGGGGUUCCUCCGGCACGCCGCCCGCGCCGCCCGGUUUCAUGCCUCCCCCUGGGUUCAACCCUCCCGGGUUUCCUCGACGGUGAAGAGGGCAGGCGGGGUACGAAAGUCACCACGCAAUGGUGCGCCACUCAACACAACACGGAGGCCACUGCUCCGACAUAGCAGCGCUCCAAGGAAGUCUUCUAGGGGACACGUCGCUUCCAGAAACAGCAGAGCGUUCAGGAUAAGGACUGCGCAAGGAAUUCGUUACAAGCGGGCUGGAUCAAACUGCAAUGGUCUGUCUCCGCUUCGAGUAGACGGGUUCGCCAUUGCUGACGAUGUCUAG